AUGACGCAACACCGGAAAUGCCGGGGUCGUGUCAAUUCUUCUAGGAUGUCGAAGUUUUGUAGUUCCUGUGUUGUUGACCUGUCAGCGUUGUAGUACAAGCUGUCACAGUUGAUAAUUUAUCCGUCUUCCUGGUGGCUGCAGUUUUCUACCAGCAGUAGCGGAGCUUCAGAGGCUCAUUGUUUAUUCUGACGACCGUCGCCGCUGUCGCUCUAACCGUCGAGCUAACAGCUAAAAGUAGCUAACGAGCCAUACCACCUGGCGGUGAACUAUUAUCCGGUGGCAAGCGGCGGUAGCUAGCUGUGUAGCAGUUAGCUAGCUAGCCUGCUGGCUUAGGAGGGCAGGAAGCCGCCCACCCCUGUAAAGAGGCAUUCCGGACAAGAGUGGACGUGCGUGGGAGCCCUGCAGGCUAUCCAGCUCCCAGUGCCCAGCUUCUGCCAGGAGAAAGAGGAAGGGGGGUGGUUGUGAAAGUACCCAGUGUUGGAUCAGAUGGAGGCUGAAAGUUCCAGUGGGCCAGUGCCGUCCAGGAAGAGGAGAAGAGAGGGCUCCAAUGGGGAGGCCGAUGAGGGAGAGAGGCGUGCGAAAGUCCCCAGAUGCACUGUGGUGGGUCAGAUGCCAUCAAGCAGCGGACUGAAGCACCCAGCACCUUUUGCAGAUGAACUGGAGAGAGCAGAUAGUAAACGUUAUGAGAGAGUCACUAUGGAAGAGGCCCUGAAAGGAACACCACCCCACAGACCAGUACGGGUGUAUGCAGAUGGGAUCUUUGAUGUUUUUCACUCGGGUCACGCCAGAGCUCUCAUGCAGGCUAAAUGCCUGUUCCCAAAUACACACCUCAUUGUUGGAGUGUGCAGUGAUGACCUAACCCACAAGUUCAAAGGCUUCACAGUGAUGAAUGAGGAUGAGCGAUAUGAUGCUGUGACACAUUGUCGCUAUGUGGAUGAAGUGGUGCGAAACGCUCCCUGGACGUUAUCACCAGAGUUUCUUGCGAAACACCGCAUUGACUUUGUGGCUCAUGAUGACAUCCCAUACUCCUCAGCGGGAAGUGAUGACGUGUACAAGCACAUUAAAGAGGCUGGUAUGUUUGCUCCCACCCAGCGGACAGAGGGCAUCUCCACUUCUGACAUUAUCACACGCAUCGUCCGAGACUAUGACGUAUAUGUCAGACGCAACCUGCAGAGAGGAUACACAGCUAAAGAACUCAACGUCAGCUACAUCAAUGAGAAGAAGUAUCACCUGCAGGAGCGCGUGGACAAAGUAAAGAGGAAGGUACGCGAUGUGGAGGAAAAGAGCAAGGAGUUUGUUCAGAAGGUGGAGGAGAAGAGCAUUGACCUCAUUCAGAAAUGGGAGGAGAAGUCCAGAGAGUUUAUCGGCAACUUCCUGCAGAUGUUUGGCCCUGAGGGCGCGCUGAAACACAUGCUAAAGGAAGGAAAAGGCCGCAUGCUGCAGGCCAUCAGCCCCAGGCACAGCCCCAGCAGUAGCCCCACCCGUGAGGAGCGCUCCCCCUCCCCCACCUUCCGGCUCCCCUUCUUCAACAAGACCUCCCCGUCUUCAUCACCAACGCCCGACCACAGCGGCGCCCGCGGAUACCUCAUCAGCGAGGACGACGAUGAAGACGAUGAAAACUAGAGCGCAUGCGGUUACUUUGUCGUGUUUGGGGUUUGAAGUCAGCACUACCAGUUAGCUCAGCUGUCGAGUAGCUUUGUUCCAUGGAGCUCCUGCUUUCAUAUUUUUGUUUUUACUUUAAGAUUAGCACGUCAACGUCUCAUUAACCGUGAGAAUCUGUUUCGUCAAAGCUAAUUUUUAACAGCCAAUUCAAUCCAUUUUGUUUCUGUGUAAUGGUCAGAAAAUGUUACCACUAGUUACUUGACUUAUUUGGCUUCAGUUACAUUUCUCUGUCAUAUUUGAUGUUGAGUUUAGUCUCUCACUGUCACUUAGGUGCAUUCUGAAAGUCAGCAUUGUACUGUAGUGGGGGUGUUUUUGUCGUAGCUUGAGCAGGAAGGUUGGAAGGGUUUUUUAACAGAGACCUCAUGAAAACA